ACUUUUCCUGGUUUGGCAUUGCGACAGCUUGGUUUUUGCUGUCGGUCACUGUCACGCCGCUACAGGUCAAGACGAUCGCGGGCGACGACGACAAGGGUGUUGCGCUUGGUGGCACGAUUGCUGCGGGUGCUUUAAUCACCGUGUUCAUGUCCCCCUUCAUCGGCAUGGUGAGCGAUCGCGUCACUUUUCGUUUGGGUCGACGACGGCCCUUUAUGAUUUUCGGAACCAUUUUUAUGGUCAUUUUCUUCAUGGCACUCUCUGCCGAGGUCACGCUCAUCCCCAACGAAGAGAAUUGCGGCACCCAAAGAGUUUAUCACAACGCGACUGAACCAUCAUCGUUUGCCAGUUUUUCUUCAUCAUCAUCAUCAUCAUCAUCAUCAUCAUCUUCUUCUUCUUCUUCUUCUGGCACGAUUACUUCGACGGCUGCUCUGACGCCGUCGCCCACCGCCUCGCCCGCGGCCAACUAUACAGAGUACACUCCGCCGUGCCAGGAUGGCAACCUUGGCGUGUAUAUUGUGCUCUACAUCCUUGCGACAGGCUUCUAUGUCAUCAUGGCUGUGCCUUACAACGGCCUGUUGGCUGACAUGACCCAUCUGACGCGUCGAGGCUUUUCGUCCGGCGCCAUGGGCGGGUUUACGGCAGUCGGCUAUCUUGUUGGCGCCGCCAUCGGCGUCUUUUACGAUCAACUCGGGACUGUCGCCGUCUACGCCAUCAUUUGCGUCAUUUUCGUGGCAAGCGAGAUGGUGACCCUCUUGACCAUUCACGAGCCGAGGCCCGUGGCUGCUCCUCACGCGCCCUUCUCUCUGCGCUCCAUCUGGAAGGGCUACACGGACCCGUUCAAGAACUCGGACUUUACGUGGGUGUUUUUGACGCGCUUCCUCGUCCAGCAAGCGUACGGCACCGUCACCUAUUUUUUCGCCUUCUGGCUGGAAGAUUCCGUCUCGUUGCCGGAAGGAAUGACCGCCUCCCGCGCCGUCUCCCUGUUUUUUAUGCCGAUGCUCAUCUCAGCCGCCCCGGCAGCUGUGCUCGGCGGUGUCAUUAGCGACCGCCUCGGCCACCGUCGCAAGGCGCUCGUCAUCAUUUCGGGACUACUCAUGACCGUGUGCGCUGUCGGCCUGGCAUUUGUGCGAGUGUUUGAGCCGCUCAUUCCGCUUUCGCUCUUUUUUGGCAUUGGCUACGGCACGUAUCUCUCAGUGGACUUUGCCAUGGUCAUGGACAUUCUCCCCGCCGAGAAGGACAAUGCCAAGGACAUGGCUGUCUGGCACAACGCCAUGAUUCUGCCGCAGGUUCUGGCCACGCCCAUCGGUGGCUUUAUUAUUGACCAGUUCCGCGAUCUCGGCUGCGGCCAAGAAUGCGCCUUCAACUAUAUGAUUCUCUUUCUUUCAGUUGCCGUCUAUCUAAUUCUUGGCUCUGUGUUUGUUUUGAAAAUCAAGGGGGUAAAGUAAUGCUUUGAACGAAACGUGUUGUUAUCGGUGUUUGUGUUGGUGGUUUGAGUGCUUUGUUAGAAUGUCCCUUGUCUUUGUUUGUCGGUAUUACAUGAAUCGUCAGAUUGCA